UUAAUUUUUUAUUUUCUGUUGUUUUUAAGUGUAUUUUCAUACACUUCUACUUUUCUACUCUACACACUUUUUUCUGUACAAACAACAAAAACAAGCAGCUUCAAUCCCAAAAUUUUCAAUUUUACUUACUGCUGCUCUUCCUAUCAAAAUGUUCCCUCUCACUUAGUGAUUCACAUGAAUUAUAAUGGUUUGAAUGUCUGAAAUAUGAAGGGUUGUGGUUAUUAGGGUUUGUUUGUUCUGCCAUGACUACCAAACGCGCCUACAAGCUACAGGAAUUUGUGGCACAUUCUUCUAGUGUUAAUUGUCUUAAAAUUGGAAGAAAAUCAUCGAGAGUUCUCGUUACCGGAGGAGAAGAUCACAAAGUUAAUCUCUGGGCUAUUGGUAAGCCCAAUGCCAUUCUGAGUUUAUCGGGACAUACGAGUGGGAUUGAUUCAGUAAGCUUUGAUUCUUCCGAAGUACUAGUAGCUGCUGGAGCUGCAAGUGGAACAAUUAAGCUUUGGGAUUUAGAGGAGGCAAAGAUUGUUCGCACGUUGACUGGUCAUAGAUCCAACUGCAUAUCAGUCGACUUUCAUCCUUUUGGGGAGUUCUUUGCAUCUGGUUCUCUUGACACUAAUCUUAAGAUAUGGGAUAUCAGGAAAAAGGGCUGUAUUCAUACAUACAAGGGCCACACCCGAGGGGUCAAUGCAAUCAGAUUUACCCCAGAUGGGCGCUGGGUUGUAUCUGGCGGAGAAGACAACACUGUCAAGUUGUGGGACUUGACUGCUGGAAAGCUAUUGCAUGAUUUCAAGAGUCAUGAAGGUCAAGUUCAAUGCAUAGAUUUUCAUCCACAUGAAUUUCUUCUAGCGACAGGUUCUGCCGAUAGGACUGUCAAAUUUUGGGACCUUGAAACCUUUGAAUUAACCGGUUCAGUGGGGCCUGAGACCACAGGAGUGCGUUGUUUGACGUUUAAUCCAGAUGGGAGGACUCUACUCUGUGGAUUGCAUGAAAAUCUGAAAGUUUUCUCUUGGGAACCAAUACGAUGCCAUGAUACUGUUGAUGUUGGAUGGUCCAAAUUGUCAGAUCUCAAUGUUCACGAGGGAAAGCUUCUAGGCUGCUCAUAUAACCAAAGCUGUGUUGGAGUCUGGGUUGUAGACAUCUCACGGAUUGAACCAAACUGUCCUGGGAAUGUUAGUCGGUUCAAUGGUUAUUCAGAAUCAAAACCAGGCCUUAAUGCAAAUCAGGCAAUCCUGAUUGAUUCUACUGCCAAGACUAAUAUAGGAAGGUUAUCUGCUUCACAAAAUUCAGAAACUUUGCCAAAGGAAACAAAAUCUCUUGGCAGGUUGUCAGUUUCUCAAAAUUCCGAUAAGGAAUCAAAGUUUUUUGCAUCUACAGGAAAUGUACCUGGUACUCCGCAAAGAGUCAGUUUGAAUACUGGUAUUAGGACAAAUUUGUCAGGUCCAAUUACAGUUAAUGCAGCAGCCCCAAAGAGGAAUUCUACAAAGACCCAACCAGCAACUAAUGUUCCAGUGCUCAACAAGGUAGAUGUCACACCUGUAAUUGUCCCUAGAAAUACUACACGGCCAGAACUAGUGGCUGAAUCGAGAAAAGAAUUUGGUAUUGCUGGAAGAACCAUGCCAUUUUCGUUGCAGUCAAAGGCUAGUGAUUACCGAAAAAUUUCAAAUAGCAGGGAUGACAUGGACCAGCCGACUAUUUCUGCUCCUUCUGAUAUUACAAGUGUUAAGUCUACAGCAUUGAGCCGAAUUGCUGAUAGGACUAUAAUUUCUACUGCCAAAGGUUCAAUUCAUGGAACAUCAACUGCAGACAGGAAUGUUAAAGAGGAUAGACCUCUUGGAUUAGGAAAACAAGAUUCAAAUCCACUUGCAGAGCCACCUAUUAGCUACCAGGAAGAUAAUUAUGAGACAUUUGGGCAUAAAAACAGAGAUGUGAACGCUAUUGAAAAUCAGAAAGCAGGAAGGAUGCAUUCACUUGUUGUAAAUUGGGACAAAAUGGGAAGACCUCUUUAUUAUGAAGAUCCUAUUUCAGAGCGUUCUCGUGAGACAACAUCUGCGAGAGGAUGCUCCUCAUCUACUGAAAAACAAAUGGUUUCUUCCAGUGACGAGGAUGCUAUUGCAGAUGUAAUGGAACAACAUGACCAAUUUGUCAGCUCCAUGCAAUCCCGCCUUGGAAAGUUACAGGCAGUGUACAGAUUUUGGGAGAGAAAUAAUGUCAAGGGGGCCAUUAAUGCAAUGGAAAGGAUGGCUGAUUAUGAUGUCCUUGCUGAUGUAUUUAGUGUUGUAAAUGAGAAAAUGGAUAUUGUUACAUUGGAUGUGUGUGCUUGUCUUCUGCCACUUCUCUCUGGCCUCCUUCAAAGUGACAUGGAUCGGCAUUUAAGCAUCUGUUUGGAGAUGCUACUUAAGCUGGUGAGAAUAUUUGGUUUAACGAUCUAUUCAACUGUUUCUGCAUCAACACCUGUUGGUGUAGACAUCGAAGCAGAGCAAAGGCUGGAACGUUGUAAUCUUUGCUUUGUAGAACUUGAAAAAGUGAAGCGUUGGCUGCCUAGAGUCAUGAGAGGAGGCUCUGUUGCUAAGAUCAUUCAGGAAUUAAAUUUAGCUCUUCAAGAGGUUUCGUAACAAGCUGUGAUUUGCCGAGUCUUGCUUUGACUCUGUGAUUUUAGAAAUGAACCAGCUCUUCUUGCACAGUUGAUUCUACCAUGUUAACUGCAACCUCAACACAACCUAUUACUGCUUGCUGCAAAGUGUUGGCGGGCACCAAAAUGCAGCUGAGAGACAAGACGAACCAUUUCAGCCACCAUUAUAAUUUUGAAUGUGUCGGAUGUAUCAAUUUAUUAUAUAUAUGAACAACUCUAAUUGGACCACUUUGUACUUGAGCUGACCUAGUAUAUACACAAAUCUUUCAACAUCAA